AUGGAAAGUCCAGACAGGAAAAGACAGAAAGUUUUAAAGGCCAAAAAAACAAUGCCUACAAGUUGCCGGAAGCAGUUGGAGAUCCUGAACAAGUCAAAGAAUGUUGAAGCUUCAAAAUCAACAGUUGGAACUAAUAUUCCAAAUGGCUAUGAUCAGAAGAUGUUUUCAGAAAACAAAGAAAAUGUUAAGCUCAUGAAAGCUUCAGAGCAAAUUAAUGAAAAUGGUUGUGUAGCUCUGGAAAGGCAUACAGCACUGCUAGAACAGGUUAAACAUUGGAUCCGACAGGAAAUCUACAUGAUAAAUUGUAAUCUAUUCGAUAAAAAACUGAAUGAACUGAAUGAACGCAUUGGGAAGACCCAGUGUAAGAAUAAGCAUGAAGCAAUAGCUGGUGAACUCUUUAUAAAAAUCAGAAGACUUCAAAGACGUAUUAAAACAGUAUUAUCAUCUCAAGGAAAUUGUUUGGAACCAAACACGUUACCCAAUAAUACAGUCUGUGAGGUUACAGAUUCAGAGGCAAUGAAUUCGAGUGUGACCCAAGAGUCAGUUAAAAGCCGAAGUAAAAGAAUGCCUUCUGUGAAUCCUGAUCGUUUUAACUCUUCAGAAAAAGCAAGUAGAAGGGUUAAUUUUUCAUCAGCUUGUGUUGAGUUUGUUUCUGAAAGUAACACUGAUGAUGUUAUGUUAAUUUCUGUGGAAAAACCUAAUUUGACAACUCCAGUUACAUCAGCUCCAACAGAAAUUGGAAAAAACACAUCAAGGAAAUUUAGCAACUCACCUAAUACCAUAAUUGAAGUUGGGGCUGUAGAGAAGAAACUUGAUUUUGUUAUUGACUUGACAAAAGAAGGCCUGCCCAACUACAGCAGAGAAAGCCCAGCAUUCACCCUGAAGUCAUCUUCGAAAGCUGUUUUAAGAUCAAAUGAAAUAAUCCCAGUGGCAGAAAAUGGAGCUGAGGGUUUUGAUUCAUUUGAACACCUGCCACCUCUCCCAGAGCCACCACCACCACUCCCUGAGAUGGCAGACAAAAUCCAAGACACUCUUCCUCCCCAAAAGCCUGAGCUGAGAGUGAAGUGGGUGUUGAAGCCGCCAGGCAUUGCACUGACUUGGAACAUCCCCAAGGUCAACCCCAAGUGUGCUCCUGUGGAGAGCUACCACCUCUUCCUGUGCUAUGAGAACUCAAAUCAUUUGACUUGGAAGAAAAUUGCAGAAAUUAAAGCUUUACCUCUCCCAAUGGCCUGCACUUUAUCUCAGUUUUUAGCUUCCAACAAAUACUAUUUUACUGUUCAGUCAAAAGACAUUUUUGGGCGAUAUGGACCAUUUUGUAAUAUAAAAUCUAUUCUUGGGUUUUCUGAAAACCUUACCUAAAAGUCCUCAGUAAUUAUAUGUUGUAUAUAUGUCGUGUUUUCAUAUUUGAAUGUUUGUUUACAGUGUUUCUCUAACACUAUACAUUGUAACAUUGCACAGUUAAGUUUGUGACCCCUUUGUAUGGGGACAGUCCUACAUGUAUUGUGUCUUGGAAUUUUGUGUAUUUCUAAUUUGCAUUCAGUAUGUACUUCUGUGAUCUGUGUUCUCACACAAUACCCUAUCAUGGACCCAUGUUGCCACUGUGUGUUCCUAUGGUGGCAAUGGAGUUGCUGCU